AUGCCAUAUCGAACGAAUUAUUCGGCUGAUUUUCCUGUUGAUAAGAGAGGGAAGACUACUUUAUACCUUGCUAAGAUUGCUGAGGGCAAUCGUGUGGUGUCGAAAACGAUCUCUUGGGGUGACACUGAAACAGACCAAGGAUCGGUGGGUGUAAACGAGCCCUCCUCCUCCUCUUCCUGUGGUAGCGCCAGUGUUGACUGGAGAGAGACGGUGAAGGCGCAUGUGUUGAAGGUGGAUGUUCCCGGUUUCAAGAAAGAGGAAGUUAAGGUUGUGGUUGAGGGUGGUAGGGUUUUAAAGAUCAGUGGAGAGAGGAGCAACAAGGAGGAGGAAGAAGAAACUGACAAGUGGCACUGCGAGGAAAGGAGCAAUAUCGGCAAGUUUUUGCGGCGCUUGAAGCUGCCGAAGGAUGCCAACGUGGAUGAGGUGAAGGCGGGGGUGGAGAAUGGAGUGCUGACGGUGACGGUGCUCAAGAAGGAAGUUGGCAAGGAGGAAGUUAAGGUCAUUGAUAUCUCUGGUUAAGCAAGAUCAUGUUGGAAAAUUGUGUAUUGCAAUUGUCAUGGUUUGUAAAAAUAAAGUUGUUAUGGAGUAUUUGAUUUGAAGUAGUUGUAAUUGUAUAUGUGUUGAACUAGUGUGUAGUUUUAUGUUUGAUCUAGGAAGUAUUGCCUUUAAUAUUGUGUUUGGAUUAGUGCUAUGGGUUAAUAGGAUGCUGCUCCAUUAUGUUGAAUCUAAUUGAAUCAUCAGUUUGAUUCUUGAA